AUGGCGGACGUCGCGGUUAAGGACGUAAAAGCUGGCGGAGACCACGAUAAUGUCAAUCGCAUCCACAAAAUUCACGUCACCCUGACUUCCAUGAACCUCAAGGCCAUCGAGAAAGCCUGCAGGGACAUGAUUAACGGGGCCAAAGAAAAGGACCUCAGGGUCGUAGGACCUGUGAGGAUGCCAGUAAAGACCCUCAGGAUUACCACCAGGAAGUCACCUGUGGGAGAAGGUACCAACACAUGGGAUAAGUUCGAGGCUCGUAUCUACAAACGUGUUAUCCGCCUUCAUUCCUCGAGCGAAGUUGUCUCGCAGAUUACCUCCUUCUCUCUCGACCCAGGAGUGGAGGUUGAGGGCGUCGCUCGGGGGUUGGGUACCAAGACCGCGGCGAUAACUCAUCUCGACAAGAUGCUUACUCUGCGACGAGCUACGAUGUACGACCUAGUCGGGAUAUCGGAUUGCAACCUAGUUAACGUAAUAGAGAACUAUCAAAUGAAGUAUUACUUCUACCACCUACUAUCAUGGCCCCAACUCACAAAUAUCGCAACAUCUACAGAAGGAUUCAUAUGCGGAUAUUCAAUGGCAAAACUUGAAGAGGACGUUGAUCAUGCCGGGCAUCUAACCGCUGUAGGAGUCCUCAGAUCGUACAGAUCCAUGGGAAUCGCACAAAAAGUCAUCAAGCAAACACACUAUGGAAUGCAAGCAUUAUACAACUGUAACUCAGUGUAUCUAUUCGUGCGUGUCUCAAACUGGGCGGCUUUUGCAAUGUACAAAGAAAAACUCGGCUACGGCAUAGACGAAGUGGUCAGGGAAUACUUCCACGACCAAGAAGACGCAUAUUCAAUGAAACACGUGUUCCCAGGAGCAGAGAUGCAAACCUUUAGGAAAUUUUCAAGCCAUUCGCAGCCCAAGAUAGUCGCGCCAAAAGACGCCGGCGUAGUAUUCGACAGCCGCGCGACACAGAUACGCUUUGCGCUACCGUUCAAGCCUUGGUUGUUCAUCUGCUUAGCCGGAUUUUCAGGAGCCAUGUGCGGAAACCUAUUCUUUACGAAAUUCGUGCUGCGCAAGAAUCCACCAAAUGUAUGUUAUUUCUACAUUACGUUCAUAGUAAGAUAA